AUGCCUACCGAUAAAGAUAUGAUGUCUGAAAAGACAUUCGAUGAGCUGGUAUGCGACCUCGAGCCCCUCAAACGCAUCGAGGGGCUUGAGGAGGUCACUGAAACCUACCUUCAAGGAGAGUAUCAGAAGCUUCUCGCUGGAAAUGAGGCUCAAGCUCUGUUCGCCCAGUUCCUGGAGCGAUUAUCAUCUGAUAGCACCGGAAAGCCAAAGCCAUGGACAGCGGAAGAGAAUAGCUUCCUGGCUUCUGCCAGAGCCAUAUUGAUAGGCCUGGCGUCGUUUGAUGCUUUUCUACAAGCCAACGUCACGGGACCACCUUUCUCAUCACGCUCCCUUCUCUUUGGCGCGGAUACAACCUUGGAAGACGUUAAAAAGCACAGACAGGAAUGUCUUCAGAACCUGGCAGUGGAUGGCCUCUCAGUCUACCAACUUAUUCCGCACGUCGAGCUAUUCACUUUCGCAAGGGCAAUUUUUACGGAAUACUUCCCACGUGUUGUAGCUGGUCAAACGCUCGAUUCGAGAUGGAUGCGAAUCCGCAUCAAUGCCUAUCAUCAGCGUCUCCUAUCUUCCGGCGUGUCAAAUACUCGUCUCAGUGAUUCAGUGGCGACCCUUCAGACCCAGGCUGGGGUAGAUAUGUUCGCCCUUGAGCUUGAAAUCAUGGCCAAGGAUUCAUCUUAUUCUACAGAAUCCAAAGUCCAGUAUUUCCUUGAAAAGUCGCAGAUCUACAUUAUGCAAGGCGUGGAUGCUAAGGCUAGAGAUAACCUGAAGCACGCAAAGGAAGUGUCUCAGUUUCAGUACGCGCUGUCUGGUGCAUUGGGAAAGAGAACAAAAUUUCAAGAGAACGAUAUCUCACAAUUAGUUGUCUUCGCAAAGAGCAAAGAGGAGCAAAAGUCGGAAACCAAAGGUAGCGAGGACACAGUUACCCUCUCGAAGGAUGGCGCCUCUGGAUCUACCGAAACUGGAGCGGAAACUACUGGACCUACUGCACUUGAACUAAAUGACGAUACAUUACUCGAGUCAAUCGAGUUCACAAAAGUCGACAAGGAUCUGAAAACAGAUCUUCCGGAGGAACUUGCAAGUUUAGAACCGAGCAACCAACCGCAGCUGAAGCCAGUCGACCAGAUUAUGCUACUCACUGAGGCUACACUGAAAGAUGUCUCGGCUCCUCUAGAUAAGUUGAACAGCGAAGAGAUUCUCCCUUUUGCUGUCCGUGUCCUUGAGGACAAACCCACGAACUGGCAGGUCUACACCCAAGCGUUGCUUGUGAGGAGUAGAAUCGAAGCCCAUAGGUCGAGGACACAGGAACGUAGCGUGCUUCAACUACAAGCUAUUGUGGAUCAGGUUAUCGCCGAGACCGAAGAAGAGCCAACAUCUGGUGGUGAUGGCGUCCCUGAAAUACAAAUCACUCAAUUCUUACCAAAGGCAAAGCCAUCUGAAUCUGCUCCGGUUACCGAGCGGUUGAAGUUUAUUCAUCAACUCAAUUCGCCUACCAGGUGGGAGAUAGAAACCGAGUUAGCCUAUGCUUGGAGUCACGCAGGAAGUCUUGUGAGCGCCCUUGAGAUAUUUAAGCGUUUGGGGCUUUGGCCCGAGGUUGCUCUUUGCUACCACUCGAUUGGUCAAGAGGACAAUGCUCGCAGAGUCAUCUGCCGCCAACUGUACCACUCCACCAAAGGCCCGGAAAUGGACAAGUACGGCGUCGACGACGACGAAGUGCGCACGGAUAAGUGGGAAGGGGAGAUGCGAUCACCCCAUCCCCCUCACGCACCACGCUUGUGGUGUAUUAUCGGUGACCUCGAGCAAGACCCAUCAUGUUGGGAAAGGGCGUGGGAAAUCUCCAACCACCAUUAUCCACGCGCUCAGCGGACACUAGGCGAGUAUUAUACUCGCAAAGGUGACCUACCGAAGGCGCGGGAGGCAUAUAUCAAAGCAACCAUAGUUAACCGCCAAUACGGAGACACUUGGAGUCGUCUUGGAGAUAUUGACCUUGCGACUGCAAAUUGGGAUGGAGCUAUUAUCGCAUUUCAGCAAGCAAUUAUGAUAGAUGAUGAUAACUCGAAGACGUACAGCAACCUUGGAUCCGCGUUAUUAUCCAAGCACACCGAAAUGAUGAAAAUUAAGCAGUUAGAGGCUGCAAAUCAAAUCCAGGAGGACGCAGAAGAGUUAAACGACGAUGACGAAGUUGGAGUUCACAAGCCACAAAUGUCCCCGUUGGACCCGAAAGACAUCCUUCGCCAAUCACUUAUUGCAUACAAGAGAGGCGCUAGCUUACAAUACGACAACUGGCAAAUUUGGGACAAUGUUAUUACAGUUGCUGGCCGCAUGUCACCGCCCUCUUUCCCCGAGGUAUUGCAGGGCCUCCGUGCUGUAAUUCGCAUCCGCUCCCCGAAGGAAGGAGAGCAAGCAAUAGACAUUGAUAUUCUGCGUGCCCUGGUCGGAGAAGUUCUGACAAGGGAAAGGGAUACCAAUCCUGCGACUAUGGAAAACGGAAUAUACAACCCGCCGCGUGGAAGCCUGGCACGCGCUGUUAUCGAGAUGAUGGACUCGGACGUGGUGCCGCUUAUUACCGCCCAGGGCGAGCUGUGGGCUUUGGUGGAGAAGCUGAAGUUCUACCGACGCGACUUUGCUGGGGCUCUGGCGUGUGCUGAGAAGAGGUGGAGAGUAGCGACGGCAGGUGAGAUGUGGCUGGAGAAUAGGGAAGCCUGGAAGCAGGUGUCAGAGGCAACUGAUGGACUGGUCAGUGCCUUUGAGAAUUAUGGGCCGCAGGAGAAGGCAGAUGGGAGCGGUGAGGUAGAAAAAGGGUGGAAGAUGAAGGCGAGAAGUGCUGCGAGGGGUAUUAUGAGCAAGGCGAGGGCUAUUUGGGAAGAUACGGAGGAGUUUGAUAUGUUAAAGGAGAGGUUGGAGGAGUUGAAAAAUAAGUAA